AUGGCGACCCAUACUGGUAAGAUUGGUAUUUCUAUUCUGCGAAGUGAAGGUUUGAGAUUUGAUGCUGUACAUUGGGCGUACAAGAUGCCGUCAAUGAUGGCAGUUGGCUUGAGAACUGAGGACCUACUGUUAGCUGUGAGCUCAGAGACGAGCACAAAUGUCUGUUUUGGCUAUUUAACGCUAAAGGAGACCGCAGUCCCUGUCCCUGCUGCUUACACUCGACAUUUGUCUUAUGAUGUAUCAAAAGACUCACAAUUCAAUCCUCAUGUCUAUGUCGAGACGAAGCGGAUGACCACCGAGUCUGGUGUGACAGAGGUUCAAAGUCUGAAGGGGAAAGAACUUGAUAAUGAUCAGGAAGAAGAGGUCUCAACGGCGGCUACGCGGUCUUCGCUCUUGAUAUUUCUUCGCGAUUCUAGGAUCUACAUUCGAGUUCUCGCAGUCCUCAUAAUGAUUAUAUCCCUAGCCUUGAUUCUAAGUGCGGUAGUCAUGUUUUCAAAAGCCCAAAGGGCGCCUGGACAUUCCUUGGAUUCGGUCCCACACCCCCCCAGUGGCAUUACAGACAGUCCCUGCAUCGCUUUCUCUGGUGUUGCCGCAAUGAACCUUGUUCUCAGUGUUGCACUUCUUAGCCUUUCAUGCAUGUCGAGCAAGUUCAGGAAAAGUAACAACGCUCUCAACGCCGUCUUCGCAAUUCUCAGUGCUAUUGGAUUUUCAUCUUCGAUGGCAGCCUGCUUUCAUCUCAAUGCACAGACUAAACUUGAGAAUGAUCUCUGGAAAUGGUCUUGUUCGAAUCAUAAGAACAAUGUAUUCAGCGACGCUCUCGACUUCGGUACGGUUUGUGGCGUGGUAAGCUACGGCUGGAAGUUCGGGCUUGUUCAAGCAUCCCUCGAGCUUCUAACCUUUGUCGUAUCAUGUACCGCAUUCGUGCUUACGAAGUACGCUUACUUUGCACGCUAUGGCCGCAUGGGAAAGAUAUUCUAA